AUUUCUUUUUAUUUUUUAUUUUUUUCUCUCUCGCGGAGCUCCCCCCCGAUUUCGGAUUUUUCUACCAUUGAAAACUCCCCCUGACGUUCCCAUAGGUUUCCAUAAAUUGACUGGUUAGCCUGUGGCCCCCCUCUAACUUAGGAGAGAAAAAAAGUCAAUUGCUGCUUUGUCAUUUGUCUCCAGAGUUUUUGGUAACUUUAAAAGACUUCGCACAUCUCCGCCACAUCCUAUUUUCAAGAAUCCCUAUCAUACCCUCAACUUGAAUAAACUCUCACCUAUAUACUUUUACGCCCAUACAUACGUUCAUACGUACACACAUACAUACACACAUACACACAUAAACACAUACAUCAUAGAAAACACAACAUCUGCUACAAUGUCCGGUCGCUCAGCACUCCGUCUCACCAAGGCUAUGGCCCCCCUCCUUAACACCACCCGUGCAUCUGCCCACAUCUCCCGAUCUCUUCCUGUAGCCCACAGAGCAUUCAGCCAGUCAUCCGUGCGACUACGGAGCGAUGUAGUACGCGAGACCGAAGUUCCAGUUUCCGUCUACUCCCCUGACUCGACGGGCGCCGCUGGUUCGACAAGCGAUCACUUCAGUAUCCCCGUAAAUCGUGACGAUGCCACACCGAAGCCGUUUCCUCCCCCUGAGGACACCGAUGUCAUCCCACUGUCCAAGGCCGUCUACCGUCAGAUGCCCCCCACGAUGCAGAAGAUGAGUAUCAUGGACAAGGUUGUUAUUAUCACCGGAGGUGCUCGAGGUCUCGGAAAUCAUAUGGCCCGUGCUUGUGCUGAGGCUGGUGCUAAGGCUCUCAUCAUCUUCGAUGCGAACCAAGAGCUCGGUGACGAAGCCGCUGCCGAAUUACACCAGAAGUCCCAACUCCCCGUUUCCUUCUUCAAGGUCGAUGUUCGUGACGGUGCCGCCAUCAAUGCUGCCGUCGACGCCGUUGUCGAGACCUACGGUGCCCCUGACGUCCUGAUCAACAGCGCUGGUAUUGCCGACUCCAACAUCAAGGCUGAGACUUACGACCCGGCUAUGUUUCGCCGCCUGAUUGACAUCAACCUGACGGGUUCGUUCUUGAUGAGCCAGUCGGUCGGACGUGCGAUGAUGGCUGCCGGCAAGCCUGGAUCCAUUGUUCUUGUUGCUAGUAUGAGCGGUAGCAUCGUCAACUAUCCCCAGGAACAGUCGUGCUACAAUGCGUCCAAGGCCGGCGUUAUCCAAUUCGGCAAGUCUCUGGCUGCCGAAUGGGCCAAGUACAACAUUCGUGUGAACUGCAUAUCUCCCGGCUACAUGGACACUGCGCUGAACCGUGUACCCGCCCUUGAGGCCCAGAAGAAGAUCUGGCGCUCUUUGACGCCACAGGCUCGCCUCGGUAACGUCGACGAGCUUAAUGGCCUAUGCGUCUUCCUCGCUAGCGAUGCUAGCAGCUUCAUGACGGGCGCUAACGUGGCCAUCGACGGUGGCUACACUGUCCUAUAAGCCAACCCCAAUAUAACCGUCUCAGCCUGGUAUGUUGAGACAACAUAUGCGGCGUGGUGUGUACGCGAACAUGGCAGUUUUGGUCCUUUUAGCCAGAGCUCGCUCGUAACGUCCUAAUGGCUCGGAAGCUUGGUGCUGGAGUGCAAUCAAAUCAUGUUUCAUUCAGCGCGAGGGGUUUUGCGUUACGUUGUGGUACUAUGUGUCUCCUAUGCAUCGUGAACACCCGCAUUCAAGCACACAUGUUCAAGAAGACUUUUGACAAGCCAUCUUUCUCGCCACACAAUUUACUCGUUCGAGCCUAAUAGUCGUCUUACACACCGCCCAUUCGCCCCUACGUACCUAGCCGGAAACGCUUCGUAUGUAUAUAUCAGAACGAUUUCCGGCUAUGUUUUGAGGAGGAGCUCAUUGGGUACAACUUUUUUAGCAUGAUUGUUCGAUUUUCUUUUUUGUUGUUGGGGGGGGGGAUGAUGUGCGGCAUAGACUUCAAUUUUACAUAAUUGUCGUGGGAAAAUCUGGAGUCAGCUUUAUCAUACACGCCAUGGACAAAA